UCUAAUUUCUAAAUUUAUUUCUAAUUUCUAAAUUUAUUUCUAAUUCCACGCAAAACAGAUUGUUAAAAACCACCAGCUGCAGGUUAUUUUUGAUAUUUGGCUGUCCUUGUUUAUCUCCAGCUCCCUGAAGCUUCCCAGGUCGAUUCUGGGAAAAUUUAUCCACUUUUUCUCUGUCUGAGCAGGCUGUCACAUCCACGUGUGACAGCUCAGGCUGUGCUGGCCUCAGGCUCUCCUGAAUCCCACUGGGAAUUCCAGGAGUGGGGAUUCCCAGGAAUGGGAAUGGCAGCUCCAUGGCUGGAAUUUCUCUGCAGGGCAACCGAGAAGAGGCAGAUAAUCCCAACACUGGGAUCGGGGCCUUCCGCUUCAUGCUGGAGUCCAACAAGGGAAAAUCCAUGCUGGAAUUCCAGGAGCUGAUGACAGUUUUCCAGCUGCUGCACUGGAAUGGGAGCCUGAAGGCCAUGAGGGAACGUCAGUGCUCGCGCCAGGAAGUCCUGGCUCACUACUCCCACCGCGCUCUGGACGAUGACAUCCGAAACCAGAUGGCCCUGGACUGGGUGAACCGGGAGCAGAACAUUCCAGGAGCCCUUUCCCGGGAGCUGGCGGCCACCGAGCGCGAGCUGGACGAGGCCCGGCUGGCCGGGAAGGAGCUGAGGUUCCACAAGGAGAAGAAGGACAUCCUGCUGCUGGCAGCUGGCCAGCUGGGCUCAGCGCACUCCUCUGGCUGCUGAACCCCAAAAUCCCACCCUUGGUGAUCCCAAAACCCUUUCCCCAAAUCCCAGCCCGUUUGCACAUUUAGAGGAAAUUUAGGGAAAAAGCUCCUGAAUGGAUUUUAGCAAGUUUUAUCCUGGUUUUUA